AUGUCGACCUGUCGCUACUGCAAGGCCUUUAGGCCUUUGGUCUCAUCGGCACGCUCACUAAGAAUUGCCUCCACGACGAAUUCUACUAUCCAACGACAAGCAUUAUCAGCUGGCAAAACUGGACAAUUACGGCACUAUGCGGUUCCCAGGCUGAAAAGAACUGGACCAUCACCACUCGAAGUGUACAAAUUAUCUGAGAUUCCGCAAUCAUCUCUAGAAGCUGUCAUCAGCAGAGACCCAGAGGCCUUUCAACGGCAUACUCCAGAGGAGUAUUAUAAAUGUGCCGAAAAGUUCCAUGAGGCAAUCAGCCGAGGCUCGGAUCCAUGGUCUAUCACAUUGACAGGCAUAAACGGCUUCCCCGUCGAGGUGAUUCAUGAGACGGCUUGUAUCAUGCGUCAAAUCCGAGGUCCUCGAAGUGCAGAUGCGUUUGCAACCGCCCUUUGGGCAUCGGCAUCCGAAGCCGGCUAUCGGCCUUCCAUAUUGUCGCUUGCUCGGCAUCUUGCCAGAUCAGGAGCCUACGGGCGGGUCGCUCAGCUCCGAAAAGUCGAAGCUCGAUUCAAGCAACUCGUCUCGACAGCCAGAGACCCUGACGCUCUCACAGUGGAGGGCGAGCUGCAGUAUGAGCAGGGGAAUUACGAGGCUGCAAUCAGAGCCCUUCAACGGGCGCUCCAGGUGGGGGCAGCAGGCUUCGAAUGGAAGCCUUACUGUCAGCUAUGCAUGGGAAAGGCAUUUGUCAAGACGAGCAGGCAUGAUGAAGCACGAGCAAUCUUCGAGUCCCUGUCCGAGAUAGGGCUUAUUGAGGCAGACAUUGAGCUCGGCAAAUUGCUUCGCGUAAGCGACAGGGAUGCGGCAGAGAGACACCUCUUCACUGCCGCGUCCAAUGGCAGGGCUGACAUGUUCAGUCUAUUAUCGGAGAUUGCCCUAGAAAAAGCUGCAGAAUCUGGAGAUGACAAGGCGUCAAAGGAAGAAUCCCAACGGUGGGCCAAAGAGUGGUCAAGAUUGGCUGACCCUCGCACGGAGUACUAG